AUGCCUGAGUCUGUCCACUCCCAAGACCAGGACCAGUCCAUGGUCGAUGCAGAGCAGCCCGCCGAGCUGCCCCAGUCCAACGACCCCAUCCUCGAAGAGAGACAGAUUGUCGUGCUCCCCGGUGCCACCGAAACCGCCGCUUCUUUCCAGUUCGAAGGCGAAGGCCAUACCAUGGGCAAUGCGCUGCGGUACGCAAUUAUGAAGAACCCCGCCGUUGAGUUCUGCGGUUACACCAUCCCCCACCCCUCGGAUCCUAAGAUGAACGUCCGCAUCCAGACUACCGAUUCCACUACUGCUCUCGAGGCUCUGGAGAAGGGCUUCAAUGAUCUGAUGGACCUGUGCGAUGUCGUAACGGAGAAGUUCACUGCUUCGCGUGAUCAAUUCAAUGCGGAGAGUGGUAACCGUAUGGAGGCAUGAGGUUGUUGAUUUGCAUAUGUAUUAUUUAAUUGGCGUUUCGGGUAGA